AUGAAGGCAGUCAUCAUCACCGAGCCCAAGACGGAAGGUCUGGUCACUGAUCGACCCAUCCCCAAGCUUCGGGAUGACUAUAUUCUCGUUAAGACUGUUAGUGUGGGCUUGAACCCUACUGACUGGAAGCACAUUGCCUACUUUUCUCCUCCCGGUGUUGUCGUCGGAUGCGACUAUGCAGGCAUUGUCGAGGCCGUCGGCAAGGAUGUCAAAAAGAAGUUCAACAAGGGUGACCGCGUAUGCGGAUUCGCGCACGGCUCCAAUGCAGUGCAGCCAGAGGAUGGCACUUUCGCCGAGUACCUCGUCGCCAAGGGGGACGUGCAGUGGAAGAUCCCAGAAAAUAUGAGUUUCCAGGAAGCUGCUACCCUCGGAGUGGGCAUCAACACCGUGGGUCAGGGUCUGUAUCAAAGUCUGAAGCUUGCACUGCCCACCGAACCCAUCAAAGAUGCGACUCCGAUUUUGAUUUACGGUGGCUCCACAGCCACUGGUACUCUGGCCAUCCAAUUUGCCAAGCUGUCGGGCUACAAGGUCCUAACCACUUGCUCCCCGCACAACUUCGAUUUGGUCCGCAGCCUUGGCGCCGAUGAAGUCUAUGACUACAAGGAUGCCCAAGCCCCCGCUAAAAUUCGCAAAGCCACUGAUAACAACUUGAAGCUCGUGUUCGACUGUAUCGCGCUCGAGUCCAGCGCUGCGUUCUGCGACAAUGCUCUCUCCACCGAUGGCGGCGAGUAUAGCGCUCUGUUGAACGUCAAGAUCAACCGUGCAAAUGUGAACGACCGCUUCACCAUGGGUUAUACCGUCAUCGGCGAGGCAUUCGUCUUCGGAGAUAUUCCCUUCCCCGCCAAGCCGGAAGACAAAGCCCACGCUGAGAAGUUUAUUCCCAUUGCUGAGGAUCUGCUCGCUCAAGGGAAGGUUAAGGUCCACCCCCCUAAGGUUGGCAAACAUGGGCUGAAGGGUGUGAUCGAGGGUCUGAAGUUGCUCAAGGAGGAUAAGGUCAGCGGUGAGAAGCUGGUCUACAAUGUCUCCGAGACCCCCUGA